UGUGGGAGAUAAAACAAACUAGAAAUUGACAAGACAGUUUGCCAUCGAAUCCCACGAAGUUAAUCUUAAUCGUGACUUUCAAAUUUUAAUUCUAAAACUGAUAAUAAUUGAUUUCUGUUAGGAUUAUUUUGUGAAGUCUCAACUAAAAUAUAACAGCAUUAUGCCGAAAGUUUCAGUCAAAGUAAAGUGGGGGAAGGAGAUGUAUCCAGAUGUCGAAGUGAAUACAGAUGAUGAACCGGUUGUAUUCAAGGCUCAAAUCUUCGCACUGACUGGCGUGCAGCCCGAAAGACAGAAAGUAGUAUGCAAAGGUGUCACCCUCAGAGAUGACAGUUGGGCAAAUUUUAAACUCUCAAAUAAUGCCUUGGUGUUAGUUAUGGGCAGUAAAGAGGAAGAUGUCCCUGCAGCACCGGUUGAACAAACACGCUUCGUAGAAGACAUGAAUGAGUCAGAAUUGGCAACUGCUUUGGACCUUCCAGAGGGUCUCAUUAACUUAGGCAACACAUGUUAUAUGAAUGCCACCGUACAGUGCCUCAAAACAGUUCCUGAAUUAAAAAAUGCAUUACUUGGUUAUGAUCCAUCAUCUGGGGGAGGAACUGCCGGUGGCCUUACAUCUGCAUUAAGUGAAACAAUGCGUGCUCUAGAGAGUGGGGGUGCAGGUGCCUGUGCCGCUGCAGCUGCUAGAUUACUAAAUGCAUUACAUGCGGCUGCACCACGACUGGCGGAACGAGGUGCUGGUGGACAGCUAGCCCAGCAAGAUGCAUCUGAAUGUUGGACAGAAAUUGUGCGAGCUCUGAGGAUGCGGCUUUCUGUAGCUCCAGAACCAAACAGCAAAUCCCUCGUCGAACAGUACUUUGGAGGUACAUUGGAUGUAGAGCUAGUAUGCAGUGAAGCAGACGAGCCUCCAACGCGCUCCAGUGAGACAUUCUUACAACUCUCUUGCUUUAUCUCACAGGAUGUCAAAUAUCUGCAAUCUGGACUUAGAUCUAAAAUGGCAGAGCAAAUCACAAAGAUGUCAGAAACAUUAGGAAGAGAUGCUGUCUACACAAAAACAAGUAAAAUCAGCCGACUGCCAGCAUAUUUAACAGUGCAAUUUGUGCGUUUUUACUACAAAGAAAAGGAAUCUAUCAAUGCCAAAAUUCUUAAAGAUGUUAAGUUUCCACUAGAAUUGGAUGUAUAUGAGCUUUGUUCACCUGAACUUCAGGAACGUUUAACUCCCAUGAGAAAUAAAUUUAAGGAAUUGGAAGAUGCAUCAAUCGAAAAGUCCUUAAAUGCCAAGAACAAGAAUCACGGCGACAGUAAAAAAGAAAAUAAAAAAAAGAGCAUAGUGCCUUACUGGUUUGAAAACGACAUCGGCAGCAACAACAGCGGCUACUACCGGCUGCAGGCCGUGCUGACGCACCGCGGGCGCUCGUCGUCGUCGGGGCACUACGUGGCGUGGGUGGCGCGCGGCGACGGCUGGCUGCGCUGCGACGACGACACCGUGUCGCCCGUCACCGAGGAGGAGGUGCUCAAGCUCAGCGGCGGCGGUGACUGGCAUUGCGCAUAUCUUUUGCUGUACGGACCCAAGAUUUUAGAGGUCCCUGAAGAGGAGGAGGAGCCAAUGGUUAUGGAUGUCACUGAGGGACCAGCUGGCAAUCCUCCUACAGCGCUCGCGUAAUUACACUUCUAUGAACCUGUCUCGAAUGUAGGCUCUAGGAAUGAGGGAUCAAGUUUGUCAGGUAUGGAAUUAUGAUAACUUCACAGAUUUAUCGAAAUGAGAUCUCAUGAUUGUUAACUAACGAUAUUGGUCUUGCAUUUAUUUUUGAAAGUGUUUGAUGUACCUCAAAAAUAUAUUUUACAUUAAAAAACAAGAAUGAGUAAAAAUAAAAUUUAAAUUACAUCUCCAUACAUAGUAAACAUUAAGAAAAUAGGAUUUUUGAACAGUUUUCCUUAUUUUAAAACUACUAUUGUAAAUUAUCAGAAAACUAUAUUUUAUUUUUUAUUUUAAACGAGUAUAUGCCUAUACUAUAUCUACAAAAGGGUAAACUUGACAAACUCGGGCUAAUUUAAGAAUCCACUAUAGCGCCUCAUUCUAUACUUGAUAAUAGGGAAUAUGCAGUUUUUGUUGAAUGUUGAAAGAAGCCUAAAACUAUAUACAAAGAACUAUUUGAAUUAUUCUAUAUAUAAACGUGAUACUUCAUUUGGCUUAUAUUUGAUGUAUUCAUUAAUAUUUUGGACAGCUUAUCAGAAGGAGAAAACUCGUAAAAAUAAGCAGUACAUAUUUGCUAUUUAGAAAAAAUUAAAGCAUGAAUGGUGCAAUGCUUGUUAGCGAGCAAUUGUACAAAUAUUUAUUUCUAUACCUUAUUUUGGCGCGUAACUAAAGUAAUAGACAAGAAACGAGUAAAUGCCUUUUUGGGUUAUUUGCCAUAUUUGUGCAAAUUAAGUAAAGAUAAAUAAAUAGAUCCUUUAUACAUAGUCGUGUUUUAUUUGGCCAAGUGAUGUCACCAUUAAUUAUUAUUAAAGUUUCACAAAUUACAAGUUUAGAUUUUAAAGCGUUUUGUUAAAAGUGGUACAUGAAUGUGUACAUAAUAUUUUAAACAUUAUAAUACUUUAUAAACCUUUGACUGAUCGAAAAAUUGUAUAAAAAAAUUAUCAAUCAUUUUAAUAUUCGUUUCGGAGUAAAUUAUGUCAUAUAAUAA